GGGCCACCGCUUGACCUUGUCAGCCGCAUGCAGGUCGAUGGUCGGCGACUUGGUGUUGAGAAGCUUGUGGAACCACCGUGCCCACCGUUGGCGAAUAAACGUGGGGUCCCGAAGGACCUUGCCGUCCUCGUCCUUGAUGUUCUGAGAGGUGAACGACCUCUUACCUUCGACGUCGAUCAUCUUCAGGUGCCUGUAGAAACCGCCUACUCCCCCUCGCGGCUCUUCAUCUCGAGCUGCCGUACAUAGACCUCGAAGAACGUUUCCAGUGCUCUCCACCUCGCGAUGCUGCGCUUCUUCCGCGCCGCCUUGAGCAUCGCCUUCAGGGUCGCCUCGAAGGCGAUGUUCGUUGAGGCCCCACGCAGCUGCUGCUUAGUCGCCUUAACCUCCUUAGACACUUCGGAGAUCUCGUGCUGCGCUUCGCUCGUGUACCAGCCUCUCUGCCCUCGUGCGCACCUCGCCAGCGGCGCGAUCUCAGCAGCGGCCGACAUCACCGUAGCCGUCAGCUCGGCGGCGGUCUCUCCCGUUGGCCGCCUGAGCGCCGUGGGCGGAGGGCGGCUGGAGGCCCUGUUUUGGAAGGCGUCCCGUAGGUGUUUGUCCUUCCUCAACCGCUCGAGGUCGAUACGGAUCCGGCUGCUUCCGCUGUUCCCCCGCACUCGUCGGUUGGGUGCGACACGGGGGGGGAGGCGGACAGUCGUGCGGCCAAUUUGCAGGCGCACCUUCAUCAGCCUCGGGCUAAUGCACUCCACCGUCCUACCUUCCUCGCCCACACUCUCCCACAUGGCCUCCUUGAUCGCUAUGCCCACACCGUGUACGCCCCUCUUGUCCUUGGUGCCAGCACGGGCGCCACUCCAGAUGAUCACGUACCCGUCGUGUGCAAUUGAACCUUGCCCCUCUCGUCGGGUCUCCUGAAGUCGUAUCACAUCACAGCCGGUCGCCGAAGAAAUCUGUGGUGUUUUGACCAGGAGGGUGCAGCACUCCCUCCCCGCGGUGUUGUGUGUAUUCGUGUCCUCUUGUUCCUCUGAGGCCUAGCGUCUCCUGGGCAUCCCGGGUGUGAAGAGUGGCCUUGGCGUGAUAUGUGCCGGUAUGGCAGUAUGGCCUGUUGGGGCUGUUGCUGCAGACAAGACCUCUUCCGAAGACUACGGGCGUUAGAUCCAGGCUCCUAGAUAAUUUUGAGUUUGAGAGAGAGUAAGAACCUUUUCGGGGACCCUCCUGGCGGUUUCCCGGGGGUUCGAUCCGUUUGGAUGUUUGAACUAUGUUGUUGUUGUUGUCUUCACAUUAAACCGUAUGUCAGUUGCUAAAUGCCAAAAUCUAGCAAAAGACUAUCAGCCCGUGGUCACGAAAGUGCUAGAGCCAUCUGAGGAUCUAAAGAACACGCACACAUAUAACGAGAAAAAUGUAUCCAAGAGCCCGAAGAGGUACACCUAAAAAUCCCUGCAGCACCGUAUGGGUGCCCAAAAACUGAACUGCACGUCCGUCCCACCGUUCGACUACAGUAGCACCACCCCCUCCCUGUCCCACUUUGUACCAAAAACGGAAGAUUGCCGACUACAGCAUACUGCUGUCUGAAGUGCUGUCUG